CAUCAUGUUAUAGUGCAAAGGUACGCAUGAACAGAAAAACCAAAUAAAGAAACAUUAUUACAUAGGAAAUUGGAAGAAACCUUUGUUGCAAACAUUGAUGGCAAACCAUGUUGUUGUUCCUCCCUUAGAUGAAAGUAAAUCAUCUGAUCCUCGUAACAUGACCACAAACCUUAACUGGAGGGACUUCAUUGAUUCUAGCUGGAAGGACGCAAUUUAUAAACGAAGAGCCAUUGCAAGCCUUAUACAGGCAGUGUACUAUCUUGAACUCGACAGGCAGGAGAACAGAACAAAAGAAAACUCUCGAGCUCCAGAUUUUUGGAUUCCCUUCAAGUAUAAACCUACACAAAUAUUGAUUGAUGAAAGAGAUGGGUCCAUUUUCGGUGCAAUAUUUGAAUGGGAUCGGUCUGCAGCAUUGUCUGAAUUCAAACCAUUUAAACCAAUUGGUGCCCCCAGAGCUGUUUUAGCACUCAGAGGAACAUUGAUCAGAUUCCCUACAAUGCGAAGAGAUUUUGAAGACGAUUUCCGCUUUCUUGCUUGGGAAAGCUUGAAGGACUCUGUGAGGUUUAAAGUAUCCAUGGAUGCAGUAAAAUCAAUGUAUGAUACAUAUGGAAGCAGAAAUGUAUGGAUUGGAGGGCAUUCUUUAGGGGCUGGAUUUGGUCUUCAAGUGGGAAAGGAACUGGCAAAGGAAAUGAUUAAUGUGGAAGCACAUUUAUUUAAUCCACCUUCUGUUUCACUUGCUAUGAGCCUUGGAAAUAUUGGAGAAAAGGCUGAAUAUGUUUGGAAUAGAACUAGAAUUUUGCUUCCUUCAAGUGGUGAACCUCAAAUCAGCAUUGAUGUGGACGAGACUUAUGUGGAUGAGACUUACAUUGUACGAUUGAAGAGAAUGAUGCCUCGUUUAUCGCGCUUGAUGGAUGCUCGUUUAGGAAGAGAAAAAUGGGUUCCUCAUCUUUAUGUUAACAAGAAUGAUUGGAUCAGUUACUUUUAUAUCCAUGCUGAUGGAACAAGAGAGAACAUCGCCGAUGUGGAGAAUAUGGAUCCUUCAAAUGAGCACAAUGAAGCCAAGUUGUAUGUUAUCACAAAGGAAGACCAGAAAUUUCUCGAGGCUCAUGGCUUGAAACAAUGGUGGUCAAGUGACGGUAACAUAGAGCUUAAGCAUGAUAUCCGCAAUGGCAAACUUGUGAGCGUGCAACUUAAAUCUUUGAACACUGGUACACCUUCUGAGGUAGCACUUUUCUACUAUUCACAAUAUGUUUCAUUAACCACGAGUCACAUAAAUAUUAGAGAAGCGACAGAUUAUGUGUGGAAUAUACUUAAAUGUGUGCCUCAUCAUAUAAGUGGUAAAGCUCAAAUCAGCAAUGACGGACAAAUGACUUCAGAUAUAAGUUUGAUGGGUUGGAUACCCCAAUUAUCUGGCUUGAAGGAUACCAGUUAUUGGGUGUGGAAAUGGAUUCCUCUUCUGUAUGCUAAUGAGAAUGUUGGUGCAGUAAAGAAGAUGGUUAGAAAGGAGAAUAUGGAUCAUGAAGAUGGUCGAAUUACUGCAAAUUUGUUUACUGUCUCCAAGGAACAACUGAAAUUUCUUGCAGCUCAUGGUUUGGAACAAUAGUGGCCAAAUGAUUUAGAACUUCAGCAAACUAUCCGUGAUGGAAAACUCAUAAGCAGGCAAAUUAAAUCUCUAUACACCGCUUCGCCUUGGGAAGUAACAAAAGGGUCAAAUAGUUCUUUUCUUUCACUUGCCAUGCGUCUUGCAGAAAAGGAAGAAUUUAUAUGGAAAUGGAAUAGUCUCAAAACCACGCUUCCUUCAAGUAGUGAAUCUCGGGUGCUGAAUGAUGGUUACAAUACUUCUGGUGUCGGUUUGAAGGGUUUGAUACCUCAAUUAUCUGGCUUGAAGGAUGUAGCUUAUCGGGUGUGCGAAUGGGUUCCUCAUCUGUAUGUUAGCAAGAAUUGUGGCACAGAAGAGAAGGAGGUUGACAAGGAGAGUGUGGAUCCUGCAAAUGAGAAAGUUACUGCAAAGUUGCACGUAGUAUCCAAAGAACAGCAGAGGUUUCUUUCAGCUCACGGUUUGCAACAAUGGUGGCCAAGUGAUGCAGAACUUCAGCAAACUAUUCAUGAUAGCAAACUCAUAAGCAGGCGAAUUGGAUCUUUAUACACCAAUACACCUUGGGACGUAACAAAAAGAUUAAAUCCUUUUAUUUCACUUCCCAUUUGUCUUGAUAAUAUCAGACAAAAAGAAGAAUUUUUAUGGAAAUGGAAUACUGCUAAAUCCAUACUUCUUUCAAGUAGUGAAACUCAUGUGAAUAAUGACGAUGACGAUAACAAGACAUCAAGUGUACCAUUGAAGAAUUGGAUGCCUUCACUGUCAGGCUUCGGGGGUGCUGGUUUUUCUGUGGUCCAAUUGGUUCCUAGGCAACUUAGGUAUUUAUCCUUUGUUACUCCAGCCACGAGCCUUGGAAAUACUGAAGAAAAAUUAAACUUUGUUUCAAGUAGUGAAACUCAAGUGAGCAAUGAUUCAGACAAGACUUCAUUCCAGAGUUGGAUACCAUCAUUAUCUGGCUUGAAGGAUGCUGCUUUUGGGGUGGGAAAAUCGGUGUCAAAUCUGUAUGCUGACAAGAGUGGUGGAAAAGACAAGAUGGUUGACAAAGAGAACAAGGGUCCUUUGCAAUAACAUAGGGAACACCUCAAGUUAACAAUGGAUUUAACUCCAUAGUUUGCAAAAUGCCAAGUUUGCAAUCUUAACAAUGCAGUCUGCUUUUGCUUUUAAUGUUACUCUUCAGUUUAAGUUCUUAAAACUCUAGGAGUAGGAGCUUUAUGAAGUAUCAAGUGAUGAACUAUUUGUCUAAAUAGAAGUGAGGUGAAACACUUGUCUGCGUGUGAUGUAUAAGUGAUUAGCACAAAAGUUUCUCUAAGUUUGUGUGAGACCUCGACAUGUCUGUUGUACUUUGUUCGUAUAUAUGUUUUGCUAUCUGA